AUGUCUAUAAGAAAUAGAGAUAAGAAUUAUAUGAGUCAUGUUAAUGCGGGUAAACAUAGUAUGAAUAAAGUAUCAAAUAAUAAUAGUAAUAGUAAUAUAAGUAAUAAUAAUUAUUCUUUAGGGUUAUAUAUUGAUAAUCCACAGAAAGCAUUUUUAUUUGAUGAAAAUGAUUUAAAAGAAUUAUUUUCUUAUUAUAAAGGAGCACAUGAUAUAAGGAUAUUAGCUGAUAAAGCAGCAGCUCAAAUAACAUUUAAUGAUAAAAAUAUGAUACAACAAGUAAAGAAAGAUAUAAAUGGAUUAACUAUUAAUGAUAUUGGUACUAUAAGAUGUAUAAUAUUAAAUGAGGGGAAAGUAAUUGAACAAUUUUUACCUUUCUCAGCAAAUGAUCCAAAUGUUACAUCAGAAAAUGAUAAUACUGUUUCAAAUAAUGAGAGUACUGUAAAUAUGUUAAAGAAAUUAUCAAGUUUGAUAAAUACAAACAAUAAUAAUAAUAAUAAUAAUAAUAUAAAUAGUAUUAAUAUAAAUAAUAUUAAUAAUGUAAAUAGUAAUAAUGGUAACAAGAAAUGGGAUAUGAAUAAUAGAAUUAAUAAUAUAAAUAAUAAUAAUAUAAAUAAUAAUAAUAAUAUUAGUAAUAAUAAUAAUUUUAACCAAUUAACAAAUAAUAAUAAAAAUGAACAAAAUGAUAAUUCUUUUGCCAAUAAAAAGCUGAGCAGAAUUGAACUUAUUGAUAUUUUUGGAUUUCCUAAUGAAUUUGAUGUAAUGAAUAAAAUACUAGGUAAAAAUAAUUCAAAUAUAAAUUAUAUUAACGAACAAACAAAUAAUAUGGUAAAUAUCGAAUUAAAAGGAAAACCAAUUAAUGAAGCUCCAGUAGUUGAAAGAAUGCAUUUGUCUAUAACAUCUGAUAAUUUGAAUGCAUAUAAAAAAGCCAUCGAUUUGAUUAUGAAAUUAUUAAAUUCGCUUUUUCAAGAAUUUGUAGAUUUUUGUCUUGAAAAUAAUUUUGUUUUACCAGAAAAUUUGUCUUUUAAAAGACAUGAAUAUAUGUAUAAUUCAGAUGGUUCUACGAAAUAUUUAGGUUUUAAGGAAAAUAAUUAUGGGGAAAAAGAAAUCUACAAAAAUGAUUUUUCUUAUAAUAAGAAAAAUAAAAACAUGCCAAAAAGUGAUAACGAUAAAAGGAAUAACAACAAUAAUAAUAGUUCAUUUAAUAUGAAUAUAAAUGGUGCAUAUGGUAAUAACCAAAAUGUAAAAAAUGGUAGAUUCUAA